GGCUUCCGUAGUAGUCUUAGAGGAAUAAUGGCCGGUUGGAUGUGGCUUCGUAUUUUCUUUGGGCCUAACUUACAGCGAAUUCACAGUUCUCCUGGCCAGUCGCGACCCGAAAGCAGCGCCAGGAGGAGGGGAUGGAACUACCAACCCCUUCGUCUUGAAAAACACACCGACAGUGUCAUUGGCUGGGCGUCAGUGUUGUGGUCGCUGUCUUACUACAGCUCUCCUCUGCUCCUCUGCUAUCUCUACAGGAAAGGUUAUAUCUGCAGCAGUAAAUUCGUGCCCGUCAGUCAGUAUGUGGGAACAGUUCUGAUCUGUCUUCUUGGCGUGGUCUGUCUUAGAGGCUGGGGAAGAUGGAAGAACUCUGAGUAUGUUCAGUUCUUUUCUAUUCUGGAGGAAACCAGGAAGAAUAACACUCCCAGUAACAAGAAAAAACUGAGAUGCUUCGACUUUGACUUCUCCUUCUGGCCUGUGGACUUCAGCUGGACAGAAUUCAGUAAUCCGAAGUUGUCGAAGGCAGGUGUGUCACUUCUUAAGCCAGAGAGCAGGCUGAGGGGUGCAGCAGAUGGUGUCCUCCAACAGGUCCGCACUCUGCCAUGCCACGUGAUCAGUUUCCUCAUCGCCCACUCGUUUGGGCGGAGGAUGCUGUACCCAGGCUCCGUGGGCCUGCUGCAGAAAGCCAUGAGGCCCAUGCUUCAGCAAGGCCAGGCCAAGCUCAUUGAGGAGUUUAAUGGCCAGAGGAACAAGCUGGUGGCCUGUGACGGCAAUGAGAUCGACACCAUGUUCGUCGACCGGAGGGCAGAUGGAAGGCCAGGCGGAAGCACUCUGGUCAUCUGUUGUGAGGGGAACGCAGGCUUCUAUGAGGUGGGCUGUAUGAACACUCCCUUGGAAGGAGGCUAUUCUGUACUGGGAUGGAACCACCCUGGCUUCGGAGGCAGCACGGGAGUCCCCUUCCCCCAGAAUGAGGCCAAUGCAAUGGAUGUGGUGAUCCAGUUCGCCAUGCAAAAACUGGGCUUCCAGCUCAACGACAUCAUUAUUUAUGCAUGGUCCAUUGGAGGAUUCACAGCCAGUUGGGCUGUGAUGUCAUAUCCGGAGCUCAAGGCGGUGGUGUUGGACGCGUCCUUUGAUGACCUCCUACCUCUGGCCCUGAAAGUCAUGCCAGCCAGUUGGACACCGCUGGUACAUCACACAGUAAGGCAGUACAUGAAUCUGAACAAUGCAAAGCAGCUCUGCCAAUACCCGGGACCAGUGUUGCUCAUCAGGAGAACUAAAGAUGAGAUCAUCACUACCACGGGACCAGAGGACAUAAUGUCCAACCGAGGAAAUGACUUGCUGCUAAAACUCCUGCAGUUUAGGUACCCGAAGGUGAUGGCAGACGAAGGAGUCCGAGUGGUGAGAGAGUGGCUUGGGGCCUCCAACACCACAGCAGAAGCCACCGUGUACAGUCAAUACGGGAUGGAUGAUGACUGGUGUGUCACCGUGCUGCAGUCCUAUCGCACUCAACACGGCACCGCCUUCCCCUGGAGCGUUGGGGAGGAUAUGACAUUGGAGUGCAGGCGGCGGCUCGCUCUCUUCCUGGCCGGCAAGUACAUGAGGAACUUUGAGACGACCCACUGCACCCCGCUCCCCUUCUCCGAGUUCCGCGCCCCCUGGACCCUGUAGAAGGGCUCCCUGGAGCCACAUCAAGGGAGGCGUACUGUCAUUUCAUCUAGGAAUGGCUCCAAUGCACAUAAGUCAAAGUUUGGGGUUUAUUUUAUGGCAUGUGGAAAACAUCUGGCACUAUUCUGCAAAGUCAUAUAACAUGAUUAAAAAAUGAAUGCUCUAAUUGUAGUCAUGCAUUUUCACGAAUGCGCACUCCAGCUCCCUUGUGGGUUUUCUUCUUCCCCCCCCCCAUUCUGCUGCAUCUAAGAAUGUAGCCGGCAGCGAACGCUGUGCUGCACUCCCAGCGGCGCACAGUAUCAUCAAUAACAGUUAUUGUUAAUGUGGUGUCGGAGAAAUCGCUACGUUUGUUUUUACCACUGCAGCCAGUCUUUGUAAUUAUAAUUGUUUUCCUCCUAGUUUCUAUGGACUCGGCGUCGUACAAAGCUGUAUCAUAAAAACAAUUCUCUUGAAAUUGUAUUAAAUAUGCUCAAUAAAAUGAAUGGAAAAUUCAAUUUGCCUUUACA